AUGCAACAGUCGCUGAUUAUUUUGUUUUACUCUCGAGCCAGGUUUCUUUCCGUCAAUCUUUUUCAAUUUGUCUGGGUCAAACAUGACGACAAUUUAUCCAUCGCACCCUAUCUAUCUAUCUAUCUAUCUAUCUAUCUAUCUAUCUAUCUAUCUACACACAGGCAGAGUUGCGUUCUGGCAUCGACUCUCUUCACUAUCUUCUUCAGCAUGAUGCUCAAACAAGCCAUGAAAGGUCUUGAUGAUGAGGACGGACUUUACAUCAGAUACCGUCUCAAUGGUGGCCUGUUAAAUCUACGACGACUAAAAGCCGACACAAAUACCCUGGAGCAACUUAUCCGGAACCUCCGCUUUGCUGACGAUGCUGCCCUUUAUCUCCCUCUCCACAUCAUCAUUCGCGCGACUGGGCUGAAGGCAGUCUAUCGGUUUACCUACCUUGGAUGUAUCAUCACAUCGGAUGCUGGGAUCGACAAGGAGGUCGACAACAGACUGGCAAGGGCGAGCAUUGCAUUUGCCAGACUGUACACACGGGUGCUACGAGGCGGAGGAUGGACAGGUCGCGAACUUCUCUCGGUUGUGGCCGUCAAAAGCGACAUCACAAUUGAAUCCGUUUCUUCCUCGCCUACGUUUUCUCGGCGCUGA